AUGAAUUCAUUAAAUUUAAGCGAAGAUGUUUUAAAAGGUGUAGAAACCUUAUCAGACGAAAAGUUAAUAGCAGAGAAUGUAUUUAAGCAUAUUAUCGAUUGUUGUUUUCAAGUAAUUUUAAAGAGAAAGACUGAAUCAGAUUUAUUUGAAAAUAAAGCAAUAUCAAGUGUUGAUACAAUUGCAUUAAAACAAACAUAUUCAGCUUUUAUUGUAUUUAUCCUUGAAACAAUGAAGAUUAAUUAUGACCAAGCAUCAAUAAAAAACUUAUUAGAAGAGCAUAAAUUAUCACAAAAUAGAAUCGACUUUAUUUCAAAUUAUUUUAAAGAGUAUAGAGUAGCAAUUAGAAAGGUAUUAUCAGUAACCAAUUUCCAUUUCCCACACAUUAUUGAUGUUAAUUGGAGAUUAGACUUUUUCAUGAAAUCAAAUUCUGUAGAAAAAUUAAAUCAACCAGUUUACAUUAUAAAUUUAACAACCGAACAAGAAGAAAAUAUCAAAGGUAAAGUUCAAUUUGCUUGUACUUUAGAACAACUUCAAGAUUUGGUAUUCAAAUUAAGAGAUGCUCAAAAACAAAUUGAAAGAUCUUCAAUUAAAUCAUAA